UCCACCUGCUAUAAAAGCUCAGCCAUUUACAUAGAUUUAGUUAGAACGUUUUCGACAAUCAAUCAAUCUACCAAAAUGAAAUUCUUCAUUGUCUUCUUCGCCUUGAUCGCAGUGGCCUUUGCCGCUGGCUAUGGACAACAGGGUGGACACGGCCAAGGUGGACGUGGUCAGCAAGGAUUCGGACAAGGUGGACACGGCCAGCAAGGAUUCGGACAGGGUGGACACGGCCAGCAAGGAUUCGGACAGGGUGGACACGGCCAGCAAGGAUUCGGCGGACAAGGUGGACAUGGCCAGCAAGGAUUCGGACAAGGUGGACAUGGCCAGCAAGGAUUCGGACAAGGUGGACAUGGCCAGCAAGGACACGGACGUUACUAAAAUACAGUCUAAAUAAAAAAAUUUUCCAAAUUUAAAAA